AUGCUAAAAUCAACAAACUACUUAGACGGUCACGUGGCGAAGGAGGUUGGCUGGACAGAAGUCCGGCGAAAGAAAUCCAGCAACAGCCAUACCAAGGUGAUAUCUCCUUUCUACGUUUCAAACAUUCCGGUAGGCACCAGUAGAGUCACCAUCAACGACUUCUUCAAGUCGUUUGGCAAAAUCGUUGAUAUCUAUCUCACCGGAAGGAAAGACAGGGGUGGACUGUACUUUGGUUUCGUUAAGUUUAUCAACGUUGUGCAUGUUUUAGCACUUAGAGAGGAAGAUGCGGGGCUUAAAUGCGGACACUGUAUCCUACAGGUGAACAUUUCAAUGUAUGAGAAACGAGCAACAAAGAUGGUGGGAAAAAGGAAAUCUGCUGAUAGCGAUAAUAUCAUUGAUGCGAAGGUCAUCGAACUGAAACAAGUUCCGACGAUGGUGGGUUGGAAUCAUUCUGCUAUGGUUGGUGAAGUCCUUAGUCUCAAGCAUCUCACGGAACUUCCAAAACUUCUCAAAGCUGAUCUUAAUUGCUCAAUCUUCUAUGCGGGUGGAAUGCGUGUGGUGCUUAGAUUUGAUAUACCGGCGGAUGCUAAGAACUUUCUCAAGAGAAUCGCAUGGGUCAAAGUAACCGGAGUUCCGAUAUCAUUACAUGCAGAAGAGAAUUAUAAAGCGAUAACUAAUUGGUUUGGGACAACUCUGCAAGUAGAUGGGGAUAACUGGGGCAACAUGGAUAUUUCUUAUGACCAACAUGAUGAAGAUCAGAAUGAAGAACAAGACGACAACGAUUCAUCAGAAUUAGGAUCGGAUGAGGGUUCUGAUGAGGAGGGAGUGUCGGAAACAUGGGUAAAUAAUCAGGUGGAGGACUUAGAAGAAGGAGAAAUAAUGCAAUCUGAAAAUGAAGUACCUGUAGUACCUGUAACAGGGCCUGUUGAUGGACAUACCAUUAUGGAUGACAAGAACCCUAAUUCACAUGCGCCAAUCAUGGCGUGUGACGCCUCCAUGGAUAUGACACUCGUUGCUUCACCUAAUCACGGGUCCCCACCGAAAUGCAAAGUUUGGGCCUAUCCCUGCUCCACCCCGAUAAGAGUUAAUUCGAGCCGCUCCGAAGAUGUACCACACUUUGAAAUUGGCGACUCACUGGUUAAAAGAAGGAAAGUUGAUCGUUCACUUUCAUUAUCAUCCUCAAUCACUCCACGAAGAAUAGUUGAGCAUUCUUCCCCGAGCAGGCCAGAUAGGAAUGUAUCAUCCCUACCAAAAUCCCAAAACAAUUCCCCGUCAAUGGACUUGAAUAAAUCCCUGGAACCUUUAUAUAACCACAACAGCAACUCGAAUGAUGAAUCAUCAGUACUGUGA